GAAACCCAGAGAGUUCACCGUAUUUUCAUCAGGAAAAUUUCCCGAAUUCGUCAGAAGUUCCGCAACAUUUUUGAAAAUGCGGGCGGAAGUUUUUUUCGAUCGGCCCGCUGCAAAUGCUUUUGCCAGUGGUGAAAGUGACUUUUAAUCCAGUUUGGAAGUGAAACAAAAAUAUUCUUCAGGAUUACGAAGUUCCUGCAAAACAUCCAACCACUUUUUUAAUACAAUUUCUUACGUGACUUUAAAGAGAAGAUCGUUUCUUGACUGUACUGUGAAAGUGUAUCUUGUGCGGGUACUUCGUAAAAAGUGCUUUGACCUUCUAAAAUGUGACAAAAAAUAUUAUUACUGAACUCAACAAUCGAUCUACUAUCUUCAGCUUUUAACAUGUUUUUGAUGGUACUGGUUUAUGCCUUCCUUUUUGGAUUGCUUCCUGCAUAUAUUGAUGCAGCAGAAACUUUGAGCGGAAAAAGGUUCCGGGACUUUCUUCGAGAUAAUUCGCCAACACCAGGAACAGCACCAUAUUUCGAUACACUGAUCGAAUCGAAUGUUACAGGGCUCGUGGAGAGCACUGUAGAUUUACAUUGCAGAGUUAAAAAUCUGGGAAAUCGAACGGUUUCUUGGGUGAGACAUCGAGAUAUCCACCUUUUAACUGUUGGUCGCUAUACUUAUACGUCUGAUCAACGUUUUGAGGCAAAACAUACCCCACAUACAGAUGAAUGGACUUUGAGGAUACGGUAUGCGCAAAAGAAGGAUUCUGGAAUCUACGAGUGCCAAAUUAGUACAACUCCUCCAGUUGGAAUUCCUGUCUAUCUAACUAUUGUGGAGCCAAUAACGGAAAUUCUCGGCAGUCCGGAGUUACACAUAGAUAUGGAAUCAACAAUUAAUCUGACCUGCAUAGUUCAAUAUGCCCCCGAGCCACCCCCAUCAAUAACUUGGUCACAUAACUCGCAAGUUAUUAAUUUCGACUCGCCCAGAGGAGGAAUAAGCUUAGUUACCGAAAAGGUAGGACUUGCAAAACUUUAA